AUGGGCUCCCUGCUGGAGACAACGGGCCAGCCGGCACUGGAGGAAGGGAUAUCGGCAGCUGUUAGCAGGGAGAGCAAGGGACCGCGGAGGCUGUCGUGGUUCGCCCUCAUCAGGAAAGAGGCUGGGGAGAGGACUGAUGCCAGCCAGCUGCCUCCCGGGGAGGUGGAGACACGUGACCAUGCCAUUAGCAUCCUGUUCGGCUUUCGGUUGAGUUUCAUCUAUGACACCUACAUAGUCCUCACUUGGAACAAGAGGAUUAAAAGAGGCCCUGGUGCUAGCUCCUCUUCUGAUUAACCACACCUCGGCAUACAGCGAAGCAGAAGGCAAAGCUGCACAAUCGAGGCCCGAAGUCAGGUGCCAGAAGCAGCCCCGAGCUUUGUCCUAUUGCCAAUCCUACCUCCGGGCGUCAAGGUGUAUGGAUCGGGGAAAGGUAUGGUAGAGGUUCAACAUGGAAGAGAUAUCGGGGAUCAGCGACAGGACGCAGAAUGA